AUGCAGUUCGUUUCUCCUUACAGCUACUACAAUCCUAGACGCCAGUGCUCGUCGUCGCCCUUCUUCCAGGACCCCUACGAGGCUGAGUAUGCUAGACAACAGUACGCAAGACAACAGCAGUUGGCACGAGAACAAUACUACUACCGCCAGCAACAGGCUGCUGCAGCUGAGUCCAGAGCUCGUGCAGAAGCCCAAGCUAGAGCUGAGGCCCGUGCCAAGGCUGAAGCUCAAGCUCAAGCUCAAGCUAGAGCCCGCGCUGAGGUUGAAGCUCGCCAACGCUCCAUUGCUCUUCAAAGACAACAAGAGCGUGCUCGCAAAAUUUACUUUGAGCAACAACAGAAGAAGAAGACACAGCAGGUUCGCAAGUCACCUAACACUCGCAUUCAAGCAUCGCCGUUUGCUUGCCAACGCACAAACAACCGUGUUCCUGCAUCUUUCUUUGACCAGUUCUUUGGCUUUCCUUAUGAUCAAUUUGAAAGUGAAGAAGAAGAGCAAGAACAAGAACAAGAACAAGUUCAGCAACAGCCUGAGGAAGUAGAGAGGCAGGAAGAUGUUAUAAUGCACUCCCUUGCUCAGGACUCUGAGACUGAAAAUGAAGAUGACGUCAGUGAAGAAGAGGAUGAAGAUCUGACGGAAGAAGAGGAAGCUGUUCCUUUUGCUGCACCAGUCGAAACCAAGUCAGUUGAGACAACCCCAGCUGAAACUAAACUUGUUGAGACUGAAUCUCCAGUUAAAGUUGCUGAACAGCCAGUCAAGAACUUUAAAUCCACUUUGGAAACAAUCAACAAGAAGAUCCAGCACAAUGUGGAUGUUUAUGACCGCAUCCACAAGGCUUCCGGAUCAGUCUCCUCUGAGGAACUAUCAGAUAGUGAGGAAUACAAUCGCAUGAACUCACGAUUGAAUGUCUUGCAACGUGCCCAGAUGGAGCUCGAGAAGUUGUACGAGCAGCUGGACGGAUUGAGAAUUGAAGAUCCUGAGUGCAAGCGAUUCAAGGCCCAGCUGACUGGCAGGGCUGUGAAUUAUGCAGACAAGGUGGAGGCUUUGGUUUCUGAGCUGAAGACUUUGCUCAAGCCUGUGACUAAGCCUUCCACUAGUUCUGCUAAUGCCACAGCUCCUAAGCCUUCUCCUAAGAAGAAGAGCACAGUUAUGAUUGAGACGCUUCCUGAUGAAGAUCUCUCUGACUUUUAA